UCAGAAGGACACUGCUGACGAUAGUCAAGCGACAGUGCUCAGCCAUGUCACAGGACGUCGGCAACAACAAAAAUAAGGUCUACAGACUGGUACUGACAGGGGGACCUUGUGGAGGAAAAACAACUGGACAGGCCAGACUGAGUACUUUCUUUGAAAACCUAGGAUGGAAGGUUUACAGGGUCCCUGAAACUGCCACAGUCCUUAUCAGCGGUGGAGUGAAGUGGCCGGAAUUGACCAAUGAUCAGUCGUUCAAGUUCCAGGAGAACCUAAUCCUGACCAUGAUGAGGAUUGAGGAGACGUUCUGGGAACUGGCAAGGUCGUGUCACCAAAACUGUCUGGUCAUCUGUGACAGAGGCAUCAUGGACGCCUCAGCAUAUCUUCAACCGGGGGACUGGGAGCGUAUGAAGAAGAAGAACAGCUGGAAUGAGGUGGAGAUGAGGGAUACUCGCUACAAUCAGGUGAUACACAUGGUGACUGCAGCGAAGGGGGCAGAGGCGUUCUAUACCACAGCUCAUGAGACGCGCUACGAAGACUUAGACAUGGCCAGGAGACUGGACGAUCUGGCUUCUCAGGCUUGGGUAGGGCACCCAUACUUUGAUGUGAUAGAUAAUGAAAACAAUACUGAUUUUGAGGUGAAGCUCAACCGAAUGAUAGCGGCUGUGUGUAACAGACUUGGUAUAGACGUGACAGACAGGUUGUCUGUAGACAGCACCAAAAGGAAAUUCCUUAUUGCAUCUUUACCCGAUCCGUCAAAGUUUCCUCAGUAUGAAGAUUUUACAGUCAUCCAUGACUAUCUGGUGACACCUAGCCGCAAGAUGCAGGCCAGGCUACGCAGGAGAGGCCAAGACGUGAAAUGGGACGAGUCACAGAAGUCCUGGGACCUGGAAACAGGUCACUGGACGUACACACAUACAAUCCGUCGCCCAGAGAUCAACAAACAGAGUGUAGAACUCAAAAUGAAUGUCACAGGGCGAGAUUACCAGAUGUUGUUAGCCCAGAAAGAUGACAGACAUUACAGUAUUUACAAGAAGCGGAGAUGUUUUCUUUGGAACAACCAGUACUUCCAGUUGGAUUUAUAUGAAGAGCCAUGUCACCCCAGGUGUAAGGGUCUCCUCCUGUUAGAAACGUACACCACCCUGAAAGGUGACGCUCUACAGCUACCCAGCUUUCUGGAAGUUAAGAAAGAAGUCACUAACGACCCGGCAUAUUCCAUGUUUAACCUGUCACUCAAGGAGGACAGCGAUGCGACAUUACAUGAGGAUCUGUUAAAAGAUGACGAUUGAUUAGCUGACUGACUGACUGACCGACCUCUGCCAUGUCCGGUUUUGUUUCUGAUAUUCAAGAAAUGUGUUUUCUGUGACGUUUUAUUCCCUUAAGUGCAAGUACAGGGACAUUAGUGCUUAUAGGGAGCAGAGUCUGGAGUAUACAGUGUAAGAUUUGCCAAGGCUUUCAGUUAAGUUUUUGGACAGGCAUAGUUUUGUGUCAGUGACUUAUCCAGAGAUUUUUUGGACACAUCAUUUUCAAAUUGUUUUAUUUCAUUUUUACUCGUUUUGAUUUUAGUUUAAGUUUUUGUGCUCAAAGAGGUGUGUUACAAUGUCCAUAAGAGUGUAGCUUAUACUACCAUGCAUUUGAUAGGGCUGACCAGUCAUUUUGCACAAUGAUAUCCCUCUGAACUAUAGUGAUAUGAGAAACAUCAUCAGAUUUCUGCUCUCCAGUGAUUGUAAAUUGAAUAGUCAGCAUACUGCAAUUUAUAGCAGUACGUGAUUAUGUAGGCAGCAGUAUUGAAGACAACACUCUCGCCCUCCAUUGGUUUGUUCUGUUGCAAAAUGAAAAGAAAACCAAAAAGAAUAAAAAUAAAACACUUCAGAAAAGAACAUAGGAAAAACAAAUAUGCAUAGUAAGUAAAUUAAAUAUGCAUGGGUAACAUCUUCUGUUUUAAAUCUUAAAUUCUGUUAAUGUAUUAGGUGUGUGAACUGUUUUUUCAAUAUUUUAUUAAUAAUCAUUGAUUAUUGAUUAUUAUUCUAUUGAUAAUCAUAUUACAUGUACAUGUAAAAUAGAGCAAUAUUUCUUGUCAGUCUACAUAGGUAUUUUGGCUUUUAAGUCAAGGAAAGAAUGUUGUGAACCACAAAUAAUGGCAGGACUCUUGCUGUUUGAGGCAUCAGUUAUUCAGGCCAUGAGCUUGGUGUCUGGUGACAACACUAGGUGUGAUUGCAAGAUUUGUCUCCCUUUGUGCUUGAGUACAACAUCUGUUUUAAGGGGCUUUAAUUGAUAUUUGUUUGUAUUCGGUAUGUAAAAAGAAAUAUCAAAAAUACUGUGGAAAUGAAUUUAUUGUUCUUUAUUACAGCCAGGAUACAUGUAACCACACACCACAACAAUUUCAUUAAAUUUCCAAUUUUCUUAAUUAUUAAGCUGUCUAUAAUUUGGAGAAUUCCUUUCUGGAAUUGUUUUAUUUAGUUUCCUGUGUUGCCAAAUAAAUGGAUGUUAUUGUAUUUGUUAAUGUGUUAUACAGAACUGUUAUGACAUUUUGCCCUAAUAUGUUUGACUACAAAAUACUUUUUGUUUGCUAUCUCAGGACCUUAUUUGCUGUAUUGUGAACAAGCUACUUGUACUUGUAUGCCUUUUCUGCUUUUCUGUGUGAGCAAAGUGAAUCUACUCAUAGGGGCACUCAGAGGCACUACAGUCUUCUUGGGACUGCGGAAGCUCUGGAAUCUUUAUAAGUCAUCAAGAUGCUGAUAGUCAUUAAGGCCCUUGACAAAUGAGGUUGCAUACUAGUAUUUGAAUCCCGCUACUGCAUGGCUGGAUAUUCAUCCUGAAUAUGACUAAACUACGCCCAUUUUCCCAUAUGUUAACUAGCUUAUCUCCCUUGGUUCAGGUGUGCAAACAGUGACAUGACCGGAGAGAUUUUUCGAUAAAUCAGCCUUCUGCGCUGAAUUUAAUGGGUCUAUUACAGGAUAAAGUCAUUACUUGGUUACUCUGUGACAGAAUAUGGAAAUAUAUAGGGUCAGUAAACCUUGUACUGGAAUUGGCUAUUUUCUCAUCCAUUAUAAGCAGCCAAUAUACAGGAUAAUGGCUUUUCUAACGAUCAGCCCUGUCUUGUUUUCCCUGUUAUUACUGAGGUGAUAAAAGUUCUUCAAAAAUUCUAGAUUGCUCCGGCACCUUGCCAAAGACCCAAACUCCAUGAGUAAAUGUUACCUUUUCAAGUUCUUCACUACUUGACACACUUUAAUUGUGCCAGCCUAGUGCCAGUCUAUUGAAGUGCUGCUGGACAUGCUGCUAAGAAAUUUAACAUUUAUUUCUGUUGGGUUGUUGUAAUUCGUCAUUUUCAUUUUACCUUACUUUAACAGUGUAUUUCCUGUAUCUUUGCAAUUAAUUAAUUUGGCUUGUACAAGAAAUUGUAGCCACAAUAUAGGGAAAUUAACAUCUAUACUGUACUUCUUCCACCUUUUGCAUGUUUGCAAUAGUAAUAAUUCAAGCAUACUCUGAAUGCAUUAUUCUGUGCAGACUGAUAAAUCAUACUUUUGGUGAAGCCCUGGAAUUGUCCAACCCAACCCAAAAUUUAAAAUGUGAAUAAAUGGCAGUGAAAGUUGCUCUUUCAUGUGUGAAAAGGUUGAUUUAUUAAUUUAUUUGAUUGGUGUUUUGCGCCGUACUUAAGAAUAUUUCACUUAUACGACAGCAUCCAGCAUUGUGGUGGGAGGAAACCGGGCAAUGAUGUCACCUUAUUGUAGUAUGACAUGUUUUAUAAGAAAAACUUACCUAUCCAUGUUUUUCUCGUACGUGAUGUUGCCUUAUGUUGGUAAAACAUAGACAAUAUGUUUCAUAAGAAUAAUAUAUGAGAAAAAAUAAGACUUACAAAGUACUGUGAAAGGGGGGCCUGAAUCGUGUGUGGUGUUAAAUUUACGUUAUAUGCUUGUAAGUUAAAUCAAAUAAUACCACAUACAUGUACAAGUAUUUUAUCAAUGAAAUGUUGUGAAGUGAAAAUUUGAUCAAAUUCAAAUUAACUGUUGUGAGCUGAAUUCAUCACUUUGAUACAGUACCUGACAGUAUUGAGUGUCCAACAUAAUUUCUUAUCCCAAUUAGAAUUUAUUUCUUUCAGGUACGCAUACAUGUACAUAUUUUAGAUUUGAUCAACAUAAGUUUUUGUUUUCGUGUCUUGAAAUGUGUAAUCUUUGUUAAGUCAGUAAUUUUUACAGCCCCCUCAAAAUUAUUGUGUUUUACAACCUAUAUUUAGCUUACUUGUAAAUUGUGCAAAUGUGUAAAAUAUAAUAAAAAGUGGAUUU